AUGCCUUCUGGCACAGGCAAAACUGUAUCUUUGCUUUCACUGAUUAUAGCUUAUCAAAUGCAAUAUCCAGAACAAAAUAGAAAAUUGAUAUAUUGCUCUCGUACUGUACCAGAAAUCGAUAAAGCAUUAGCCGAAUUGAAACAUUUAAUGGCCUAUCGGGCUGAACAAGGUCUUGAGGAGAACUUCUUCGGCAUUGGGCUAACAUCGCGUAAAAACUUGUGCUUAAACCCUAUAGUCAACAAAGAAAGAAAGGGACGAUUGGUCGAUGCAAAGUGUAGAAAUUUGACAGCUAGUUGGGUUCGCGCGAGAGCAGGAGUUACGAUGAAUAAGAUGCAACAUCAAGACGCAGAAUCUGAGGAUAAUAAUAACAAUGCGGAUGCUAUGGAAGUUGACCCCCAAGUAGAAUUAUGCAAUUUUUAUGAGAAUCUAGAAGCGGCAAAUUCACCCAAUCCUAUACCAAAUGGUAUCUACACAUUCGAAGAUCUCAAGGAAUACGGUAAAAAAAUGCAAUAUUGUCCCUACUACCUUGUGCGACGAGCAAUACCUUUCGCCAAUGUUGUAGUUUACUCCUAUCACUAUAUGCUCGAUCCGAAAGUGGCUGAACUCGUAUCCAGAGAACUAUCUCGAGACUGUAUUGUCGUGUUCGAUGAGGCACACAACAUCGAUAAUGUGUGCAUUGAAUCACUGAGUAUUGAUAUUACCCGGCCUAUGCUUGAUGCCAGUGCCAGAAGUGUUGGUCUUUUAGCUGACAAAAUUAACGAAAUCAAACAAACAGAUGCUCAGAGAUUAAAAGAUGAAUAUUCAAAGUUAGUGGAAGGAUUACGUGAUGCAAGUACCGCAAGAGACGAAGAUACAUUUAUGGCGAAUCCUGUAUUACCGGACGAUCUACUCAAAGAAGCAGUACCUGGCAAUAUUAGACGUGCUGAGCAUUUUGUUGCCUUCCUUAGAAGAUUCAUUGAAUACUUGAAAACUAGGUUACGUGUAAUGCAUGUAGUUGCAGAGACACCAGCGUCUUUUCUACAGCAUUUAAAAGAUGUCACGUACAUCGAAAGAAAACCCCUGAGAUUUUGCGCGGAACGUUUAACCAGCUUGGUCCGUACGUUGGAAUUGACAGAUCUCGAGCAUUAUCAUAGUUUACAGAGAGUUGCUGCAUUUGCUACUUUGACCUCAACCUAUGAUAAAGGGUUCUUGCUUAUUCUUGAACCAUUUGAAUCGGAAACUGCUACAGUUCCCAACCCUGUUUUACAUUUCACUUGCCUAGAUGCAUCUAUAGCCAUUAAGCCUGUGUUUGACAGAUUCAGUACUGUUGUUAUAACCUCUGGUACUUUAUCACCUCUGGAUAUGUAUCCCAAGAUGUUAAACUUUCAAGCCGUCGUUCAGGAAAGCUAUUCAAUGACUCUAACCAGAACCUGCUUUUUGCCGAUGAUCAUCACUCGUGGAUCAGAUCAAGUCGCUAUCAGUUCCAAAUUCGAGGUGCGUAAUGAUCCAGCUGUAGUCCGUAAUUUCGGGCAAAUUAUGGUGGAAAUGGCCAAGGUCGUUCCUGACGGCAUGGUUUGUUUUUUUCCAAGUUACUUGUAUAUGGAGUCAAUUGUUUCCAUGUGGAACGAUAUGGGCAUCUUAAACGAGGCAUGGAAAUAUAAGCUUAUCUUUGUAGAAACGCCAGAUGCAGCUGAGACAAGUUUAGCUUUGCAAAAUUACCGAAUAGCGUGUGAUAACGGUCGAGGCGCCAUCUUACUGUCUGUAGCAAGAGGCAAAGUAUCUGAAGGAAUUGAUUUUGAUCAUAACUAUGGCCGAGCGGUCAUCAUGUUUGGUAUACCCUAUCAAUAUACAGAAUCCAGAAUUCUGAAAGCGCGUUUGGAAUAUCUUCGUGAUAAUUUGCAUAUCCGUGAAAAUGAUUUCUUGACUUUCGACGCCAUGCGCCACGCUGCACAAUGUGUGGGUAGAGUUUUAAGAGGUAAAACAGAUUAUGGUCUUAUGGUGUUUGCUGAUAAACGAUUUGCAAGAGCGGAUAAACGAGCCAAGUUACCAAAGUGGAUUAACCAACAUGUCACAGAUUCGUCGACGAAUCUGUCGACGGAUAUGUCAGUGGUUCUUGCGAAGAAGUUUUUGAGAGGAAUGGCUCAGCCCUUUGAAACAAAUCAAACGGGCGUAUCUUUAUGGACAGUUGAAGAUAUCGAGAAGCACACUUCUAAAAAACAGUAA